AAAGGACAGAACUGUCAAACCUUCAAAAUGCCUUCUAGCACAUUUAUAUGCAUCUCGUCAGUAGUCUCAAGCGGCAUACCGGCCAAAUGCAUGAUGUGAAACCAGUUAACGGGGUGGAAAUUUUUUAAACAAAAUAAAAGUGAAUAUAUAUAUUUGCAUCGUACUUACUCUUAAUAUGCUGAUACCACUCAUUUUGUAACCUAGUGUUACGCAUGACACGUGUGUAUAAUAUGUUUCAGGUCCUCUACCUUGUAGUGAAGAGAUAUCCAGUUCGAAGACGAAAAAUGGAACUUUUACCAGCCCCAACUAUCCAGAGCCGUAUCCAACUCGAAUGCACUGCAUCUAUACAUUCACAGGCCUUAGUGGAGAAAGGGUACAAAUCACAUUCACGGAUUUUGAUCUUCAUCUGCCUCACGAACCUCCUAGAGGCUGCGAAUCUGUGGAUGCGGUGAUGAUAUUCAUUACCAUAAACGGUCGCAGAGAAAGGUUGGAAAGCUUCUGCGGCAACAAACUGCCUAGGCAACUGAUGUCAAACGGUCCAUCAUUGGUUCUGGAUUUCAGAAGUUAUCAUUCGUCACCGGAAGUGAAAGGCUUUAGAGCAAUUUAUCGCUUCGUUACAGACUACGGAGUAACAGCUACAACGCAGCAUCAAGGCACAGCAUGUGAAUUCCUUUUCAAGAGUGAAGAAAGAAGUAACGGCACCUUCAGUUCUCCAAAUUAUCCAGGUUACUACCCGAGGGACACAGAAUGCGUUUACAUAUUUAGAGGAAGAGAAAAAGAGAGGGUGAAAAUCACAUUUACAUCAUUUGAAAUCGAUGGAAUUCCACCAUGUUUGGAAGAAACAGCGAGUGAUUAUGUCGAAUUUUACAACUUCAAAACAACGGACAGAAAAAUUCCACGUCAUUGUGGCAGUCAGCGACCAAAGUAUAUAGAAUCCGACUCCAGUUAUUUCCGCAUCACUUUCAUGUCCAAUGAGAAGUUUGACGGUACAGGAUUCCAAGCCUUCUAUGAAUUUAAGAAACAAGAAGAUCCUUCCACCGUCAAAAGAAUAUCUACAACUUCUAUCAGUACCUCAUCUAAGAGCACUACUCUUGGAAUGGAUAGUAUCUUCUCUUGCAUCCUUCCAGCCGUAUUCUGUACUGUCUGGUUUAUGAUGGUAUGAAAAGAUUCAAACUGAAGCAUUUCCAAGCAUACUUGACCGAUGGAAUAAAAGAAGAAUCAACUGCGGUCGAUUCUUGAUUUUCAGAAAAGAUAUAUCUGUAUUGCAGUCAGUUUGCAUUUUGAUUAUAAUCGAGAAUGUUUGGAACUACAUGUCUAUUUUUCGGUAAAUUAUUAAAUGCCAAAGAAAAUGAA